AUGGGUUGGUUUGAUGGCGUCUCUGAAUCAGGUCGAUCACACUCCUCAAAACGUCACUCCUCACAUUCGCAUUCCAGCAAAAAACGCCCUUCCUCCUCUCAUUCUACCCAUCACAACAGUUCUUCUGGAAUCCUCGGAAGUGUUUUAGGAGGCACAUCUCCCAAAUCCCCCAAAUCUCCUAAAUCCCCCAAAUCAAGUCAUAGCCAUCGAGAGCGAUCCAGAAGUCGUACGCGAGGCACCGACAGCAUUUUCGGCAGCGGAGAUGCGAAACAUAAUUCUAGUAAGAGUAGUUUCUUUGGCAUCCCCCGCUCCACCUCCCACUACAAGCGUUCUCCUCGCCCCAACUACUUGAAACGCAUCUAUGCCAAAUUGCGCGAACUCCUGCGCGAUCUCAUCUAUUACAUGAAGCGCCACCCGUUAAAAGUAUUUAUGCUCGUGAUCAUGCCUCUCAUAACAGGUGGAGCGCUAGCCGGACUAUUGAAGAAAUUCGGGGUUAGACUACCUGGAGGACUAGACAAGUUGAUUGGGGGCGGAAAGGGAAGGGGAAAUGGGGGAGGCGGAUUUUUCGGAGGCAAUGGAGGUAAUGGAACUUACGAGUAUGAGAGGAGUAGCGUGAAGAGCACUGGAGGCGCAAUGGGGAAAUUGGGAAUGUUGGCAGGCGGCAUGGAAGGAGUAGGAGGAGCGAUGAAGUUGGCGAAAUUGUUCAUUUGA